AUGAAAUUUCAAAUAUCUUACAUUUACAUUUUUAAAUGUGAUCAGAUAUAACAUGUUGCAUAUGCAUGCCAAAUUUGUAUCAUUUAAUUCCAUUACAUCACUAAGUAUGAAGUCAACCAUCAAAUUAAGAAUAUGGCUAGCAACCAAAAUGUGAUAUCUAGAGAUAAAUAAAGAAAUAAAUAAUUUAGCUAAGGAAACGAGUUGGUUUUAACCACAGCAUCAGCAUCAAAGUAAGCAAUACAAAAGGAAAACUUUAAUAUGCGGUAUAAGCAUUCCCAGCCGGCUUAAUAUAUGUAUGUAGUUAAUAUUAAUAUUAUUAUAGAUUGGAUGCCACUUCUUAACUUUUGUCUUGCUAGUUUGGCUUUCUUUUACUGAUUAUAAUCCUAUAUAAACCAAAUGCCCUGGUCAAAUUUCCACCCACCAUACUCCUCCUUUCUUGUCGAGUUAAACAAACAGACAGACAGGAAGAAGAAGAAGAAGAAACAUGGACAUUCUUAUUCCCUUUGCCUUCUUCCUCAUCACUCUUCCAUUCUUAUUCAUCAUGUUCAAACAAAAAUCCAAUGCCUCCGAAGUUAAGGAUCUUCCCCCUGGCAAUACGGGCUGGCCGCUCAUCGGCGAGAGCAUAGAGUUCUUAAGCACCGGGAGAAAGGGUCAGCCAGAGAAGUUCAUAUUCGAUCGAAUGACAAAGUUUUCAAGCAAGGUCUUCAAGACCUCGUUGUUUUGCGAACCAGCUGCAGUGUUUUGUGGGGCAGCGGGGAACAAAUUCUUGUUCUCCAAUGAGAACAAGCUGGUCACUGCAUGGUGGCCCAACUCUGUCAACAAAAUCUUCCCUUCCUCUAACCAAACCUCUUCGCAGGAGGAAUCGAAGAGAAUGAGAAAGCUUCUUCCGCAAUUUCUGAAGCCAGAAGCACUUCAAAGAUACAUUAGCACCAUGGAUGCUAUUGCGCAAAGGCAUUUUGCAUUCGACUGGGAUAACAAACAACAAGUGACUGUUUUCCCAUUAGCUAAAAUGUACACUUUCUCGAUAGCUUGUCGCUUGUUCCUAAGCAUGGAAGAUCGCGAGCAAUUGGAAAAGUUUGCCAAGCCAUUCGAGGUUUUGGCCUCAGCGAUUAUAGCAAUUCCUAUUGAUUUUCCAGGGACACCCUUCAACCGCGGGAUCAGAGCAUCAAAUUUGGUGAGAAAGGAGCUGGCAAAGAUUAUCAAGCAAAGGAAGAUUGAUCUAGCGGAGAACAAGGCAUCUCCAACACAAGAUAUAUUGUCUCACAUGCUAACCACGGCAGACGAGAACGGGCAGUGCAUGAAUGAAAUGGACAUAGCAAAUAGGAUUCUUGGUUUGCUUAUUGGAGGCCACGACACAGCCAGUGCUGCCAUAACAUUUGUUGUCAAAUAUCUUGCGGAGUUGCCUCAAGUCUACAACAAGGUUUUAGAGGAACAAAAGGAAAUCGCAAAAGCAAAAGCACCAGGAGAGCUGUUGAAUUGGGAGGACAUACAAAAGAUGAAAUACUCGUGGAACGUAGCAUGCGAGGUAAUGAGACUUGCUCCUCCUCUCCAAGGAGCUUUCCGAGAGGCCAUGACCGACUUCACCUAUGCUGAUUACACAAUACCUAAGGGUUGGAAGUUGUACUGGAGUGCCAAUUCCACACACAGAAACCCUGAAUGUUUCCCAGAACCAGAAAAAUUUGAGCCGUCAAGGUUUGAUGGGAACGGGCCGGCCCCUUACACGUUUGUUCCAUUUGGAGGAGGACCUAGGAUGUGUCCUGGUAAAGAAUAUGCUAGGUUGGAAAUUCUGGUUUUCAUGCACAACGUUGUGAAAAAGUUUAAAUGGGAGAAGCUCCUUCCUCAAGAGAACAUCAUUGUUGAUCCUCUUCCAAUCCCCGCUAAAGGCCUCCCUAUCUGCCUCCAUCCUCACAACCCUUAAAUAUUACACACACUAAAUUAUUACUGUACUUCUACAAUUUCUUGGAUUUUCUUUUAUUCUGCUCGUGGAUGUCAAAAUUGCUACUUAUUUACUUAGAUCCAUGAAUUAUGCUUUUACCCAUCUUUUCUUAUCUUAAUAUAUGAAA